AUGACUACAGAUAGUGAACUCAAGGUCCGUCAAGGGUCUGUAGUCAAACCACAGCCAGGGAAAGCACCUACUAGUAAACUACAGCAUAAUUUGGAAUCUGCAGCAUGGCUUUUAGCCAGCGGCGGUCUUGCAUACUACCUGCGACCAGAUCAAGUUAUGUUGUCCAACACGCACAGUAUAUGGUUCUAUCUGUCCUUGAUAUCUGCAUUGGCCUUUUUCUCCGUCUUUUUGUAUUUGGAGCUGUAUUUACCACGCAAGCAAGGUCGACGAGUCAAUUAUAAACAGUGGGAAAGUGAUGCGCCAAGGAGUAUUCAGUUUGCGACUCUAUUUGGUGUUAGCACAACGAUCUGUACAAAUGCUCUUGUUUGGGGAUCGUAUGGGGCCAUGUCACCGCUGUUGCUGUUUAUCUGGUUCAUGGGAUUAACUACUAUUAUUUCAUUGUUUUAA